AUGCCUCCACUUCCUGGCGCGUUGUCCCCUCGUCUACCCUUUGCGCAACCUCCACCGCCAUUUGGACUAUUCGGUGCAGGACCAUCAAUGCCACCACCGGGACCACCUCCGAACCUCGGCUUUAGCCGUCCUCUUGCUCCGACAAUACCCAUUGGACCACCUUCGAAGGUUUCGCAGAAUCUCCUUGGCUCGCCAACUAUGCUGGCACCAGGGCCUGUCGCGCGGCCGGUUUCUAUUGCUCCAAUAGCACCACCCGCUCCCAUUGCACCACCUGCUCCUAUUGCGCCCCCCGCUCCUAUUGCGAGGCCAAUGACGGGGGGAAACAUCUGGGGCAUUCUUGGAUCUUCUGCUCUUGCAGCUGAUGAUGACGAGGUAGUUCCUCCACCAGGACGGCGCAUCGCACCGGGUGCAGUGGGUCAGUCGUGGGGCACUAAUACCAGUCCACGGGCCGUUGUUGGAGAUAACCGGCCUCCUUGGGGCGCACCUGCGCCCCCAGGGUUUGGCUCACCUCGUCCUCCAAUUGGGCCUUCAUUGUGGGGAGGCGUGAAUCACACUUCUGAUUGGCAGGCACCAGGGACAUUCUUUCCAAAUUCUUUCGUGAAUCAUAUUAAUUCAUCCCCGCCCCCUCACACAGGUUAA